AUGCUCAUCCCGGUCCUCUUUAGCUUCCUACUGGGGCAGAACACCUCCGAUCCGCUGAGCACGAAGUUCAUCGAUUCUGCACGCUAUGUGUAUGACUUCAUCACGGGCACAAAAACGUACAUUCGACGUAUCGAGUACGAGGACCGGGGCCAACGCUACAUCGGUGACGACCGGACUGCUCUGGAUACCUCUUCGCGCAACAACAUCUUGCAGAAAGCUAUCAAGAUUUACUUGCAAGAGAAAUGUUCGCUGGAAAUCGACGACGCUGAAGUGUUCCUCCUUCCGCAGAAGGAGAUCAAGCUAGAAAAGGAUCAGUACGGGGAUGUGUGCCUCUUCAGUGGCAGCUACAAGCAGCUAUUGGCAUACUCCGUCAACCGGCUGCCAAAGAAGGAUCACUGGAUUGCUGUUGAUGAUGCGCAUCCCAGCCUCUACUUCCGACAGUCACUGGACGUUUCAGAAGAAGGCCCGGACGCAGUCAUAGUGGCAACUCGCGUCCUGAGCAUGAAGGUUUGUCUCGCAGCUGCUCUUGCUGCCGCCUUCGCCGCGACAGCGAUGUCGCAAGACUCUCCGGCGGAGCUCCUUCGUGAGCUGCAGGCCCAAAAGGCGCUGUUGGAGGAGCAGCGAAAGGAGCUGAAGCAGAUGACCGAAACCCAGGAGAGUAUGGCUGGUGCUAUGGAUUCGGCUUGGCUGGUCCUUUGUGGGGCUUUGGUCAUGUUCAUGCAUGCAGGGUUCGCAAUGUUGGAGACCGGCUGCUGCCGUGCCAAGAAUGCCUCGAACGUCCUGAUGAAGAAUUUGGUCAAUGUGAGCGUUGGCACAUUGGGUUGGUGGAUGUUUGGCUGGGCCCUUGCCUAUGGCUCUCAAGCCGGAUCUUUCAUUGGCACGGAUGGCUUCUUCGGCCUGGGUUUCUACACCAAAGAUGCAUCUGGCAAUAUCGUCCCGGUGGAGUGUGAGGACGGGAACUGCCAGUCUACGAUGCUCAGUUGGUUCUUCCAGUGGGCCUUCUGCACAGCUGGAGCCACCAUCGUGAGUGGAUGCGUGGCGGAGCGUGUCAAGAGUCCCACCUAUGCUUUCUUCGCCUUCUGCAUGACCUCGUUUAUCUACCCGGUCGUGGUGGCAUGGACCUGGGGCGGCGGCUGGCUCGCCAGCAUCUUCGACGUGGGAUAUAUGGAUUUCGCCGGCUCAGGUGUUGUCCAUUUCACGGGAGGCGUUUGCGGCCUCGCUGGCACUAUCAUCCUCGGUCCGCGGAGGGGACGCUUCGAGAACCCCGAGGAGUUCGAGUACCACAACGUCCCAUUGGUCGUGCUCGGAACCUUCGCACUCUGGUUCGGUUGGUAUGGCUUCAACCCAGGCUCCACUCUCUCGAUGCAUGACAAGGAGAUGGGUGCCCUUGCAGCACAGGUGGCCAUGAACACCACUCUCUCCGCCGCCACUUGUGGGAUCACAGUGUUCUUGCUGAAGUUCGUGCUCGUGCGCAAGUACGAUGUCGGCGCCCUCUGCAACGGCAUUCUUUCGGGCUUGGUGUCCAUCACGGCGGGGUGUGGAAACAUGGAGUGCGGCAGCGCUGUUCUCACCGGCUUCAUUGGUGCCUUUUUCUACCAGGCGGCGUCAAGUCUCCUUGUGAGACUGAAGAUUGACGACCCCGUGGAUGCCAGCGCAGUGCACGGAGCCUGUGGUGUGUGGGGGCUUCUCGCCGCCGGUCUCUUCGAUUGGGGGAAGGGCUUUGACCACUACCACGGCUGGAGCGGUUUCGGCUGCAUGGCCGGCGACGAUGGUGCAUGCCGCAGCGGCUUGGGAGGCGCCGCGAUUGGAGCACAGAUUGUCAUGAUCCUGGCUAUCAUCGCAUGGGCAGGGACGCUCUCCACGCUGUCCUUCCUGGUCCUGAAGUUUUCGGGGCUUCUUCGUAUUGGUGAGAACAUUGAGAAGGUCGGCUACGACAUGCAUUCGCAUUCUCCGCCGAAGGCCUACGCGUUCAGUGGCAAUGACCCCAAGUCGUCGUCAAGUGAAGAGUCGGGGUCAGACGGGUGCUUGUGA